CGCGGGCGAGGAGCAGACCAGCACCCAGCAGCCCUCGUCGGGGGGCGGCAGCUGCAGCUUCACCAGCCGCCGCCUUUCCCCGUCUCCUCUGCCUCUGCCUCUCCCCCUAACCCCCUUCCAUUUCUCCACCCCACCCCGCUCCCGCUUCCGCUUCCUCGCCACUUAGUUCGUUCCGCACCCGCAGCCGCGGCUGCGUUCGCAUUGGGGGCACGCAAUGGAGCAGUACGAGAAGGUGGAGAAGAUCGGGGAGGGCACGUACGGGGUGGUGUACAAGGCGCUGGACAAGGCCACCAACGAGACGAUCGCGCUCAAGAAGAUCCGCCUCGAGCAGGAGGACGAGGGCGUCCCGUCCACCGCCAUCCGCGAGAUCUCUCUCCUCAAGGAGAUGAACCACGGCAACAUCGUCAGAUUACAUGAUGUUGUCCACAGCGAGAAGCGCAUAUACCUUGUCUUCGAGUACCUGGAUCUGGACCUCAAGAAGUUCAUGGACUCCUGCCCGGAGUUUGCUAAGAAUCCCACUUUGAUCAAGUCAUACCUCUACCAGAUACUCCACGGUGUUGCGUACUGCCAUUCUCAUAGAGUUCUUCAUCGAGACUUGAAACCUCAAAACUUAUUGAUAGAUCGGCGCACUAAUGCACUGAAGCUUGCAGACUUUGGUUUAGCCAGGGCAUUUGGAAUUCCUGUCCGUACAUUUACUCAUGAGGUAGUGACAUUAUGGUACAGAGCUCCAGAAAUUCUGCUUGGAGCGCGGCAGUAUUCCACACCAGUUGAUGUGUGGUCUGUGGGCUGUAUCUUUGCGGAAAUGGUGAACCAAAAGCCACUAUUCCCUGGCGAUUCUGAGAUCGACGAACUUUUUAAGAUAUUCAGGAUACUAGGUACACCGAAUGAGCAGAGUUGGCCAGGAGUCAGUUGUUUGCCUGACUUCAAGACAGCUUUCCCCAGGUGGCAAGCUCAGGACCUGGCAACAGUAGUCCCAAAUCUUGACCCUGCUGGGUUGGACCUUCUCUCUAAAAUGCUUCGAUACGAGCCAAGCAAAAGAAUCACAGCGAGGCAAGCACUUGAGCAUGAGUACUUCAAGGACCUUGAAGUGGUACAGUGACCUGCUAAAUGUGCUUGACGUUGCAUUGACAUUUGUAUGAGCUGAGUCGCUCAUUCCUUUUUAUGAACGCCUGUACUCUUCUCAUUCUCUCCCUGCAUUUUUGUCAUUCAGCUGGAUAUUUCGAAUCUGGUGUGUUUUGAGAUGUAUUAAAGAACGUCAAAUAGAUUACCGCCUUGGUCUCUGUCCAUUGAAAGUAAAUAUCCGUCAUA